UCGACAUUUUCCUGUUCGUGAAAACGUAAAGAUGGGACCAAAGAGACCGCUGCAAGGGGCCGCCAAGCGGUCGCAUGAGCAGAAGAAGGCCAGGUUGGCCAAUGGCCCAAUCCUAGCAGAGAUGGAGAAGAUACAGCGCCGCGCAGGUCAAGGACUAGCAACCAUCCAGCAAGCACGAGAGAAAUUGCAGGAGUACGAGCCAGCUUCAGACCAGGAUAAGACCCGAAUGAUCCUUGAAGAGCUGCUGGCAGCACUGCCAAGCAACGGGCAGCAAAACCUGGUCCAAGAUAUCUGUGGAAAAUCAAGUGACGAACUUGUCGAACUUGCCGCCGAAGUCGUAACUUUCCUAUUCACUAAACAUAUGUUAUCUGGAGGCCGUACCCCAACACCAUCGCCAUCACCAUCCAUCUCAUAUGAAGGACAAGCAAGGACAGGAAAUGGCCAAGAGACACUCAAGCAAAGAUGUCUACGUCGCGACUCCAAUAGAUGUAUCAUAAGCGGGUACUAUGACGCGAGCCAAUUUAAAACGCUGGCAGAGAAUGAACAAACCGGAAUCAAGACUGGUUGGACUAAAUGCGCUCACAUUAUCCCAUACUUUUCAGCUCCUGCCUUGACACACCACAAUGCACAAGCAAGCCCAAGAACAUGGGCGUAUCUUUACCGAUAUUUCCCUUCUGUACAUGAAGUUAUCGAUGCCAUGACCCCAGGCUCCAUAAACAUACCAGAAAAUGCCAUGACGCUCCUCGCGGCGUUGCACGAAGAAUUUGGCAGUUUUCAUUUCGGUCUGAUUCCAACUGCUCAAGAACGCCAGUAUGAAAUUCAAACUUUCCGUGAUAUGUCGGACUGGGCAAAACUCGCUCUUCCAAAGGACUAUAAAGUCGUUUUCGGAACUGAGACUGAUUGCGACCUUCCCAGCCCAAAAUUGCUCGCCAUUCAUCUUGCCAUUUGUAAGGUAUUAAAUGCGACGGGACUGGCUCAAGAGAUUGAU